CAGUACCUGCCUAAGCAGUCGCCUACUCUCGAUAUCCUCGACGAGGCUUUCACCUCAGAAAACUGGAUCGUCCGGAUCUACCAAGUCAAGAAGGAGGACUCGUUAGGCCGGGACCUCAAAAGCGCGAAUGCUUUCGCGGAGGGUAAGAAGAGGAAACGGAGCAAGCCGCCUGUUAAGCGGAGGGCUAUUGCUUGA